CUGAAGGCAGGCAGCUGGUGGAUACAUAACUGGCAUGCGUAAGGAAGGAUUAUCACAAUGAUGCCCCACAGAUGAGCUGUGAAUCCUGUGCUGAAGUUCCACACUCUAGCCACUGGGUCCUGGUGGUACCUGAAGUCUCCACAGAGAAGAGUGGCUCCAUCUUCAGACUGAGCUCUCCUGCAGGGAGCUAUGAAUGCUCAGAGUCUGGUCUGUGCUGGACGUGUGCUGGUCCAGUCACCCUGCAGUACCACUUCAUAGACUGGCAUCUCUUGGCUGAUGACCUGCCCCACUUGCAGUACAGACCAGCUGGCCCUUCAAUGGACAUCAAGUUCAUCUCAGGAGAGCUGGAGGAGAUCCACCUGUCACAUUUUCUCUGUUUGGGAGGUAGCCAGUCUUCGCUGAAGGAUGCUGUGGAGAUUCUGCAUAAGCAGGACAGUGGAGUGUCUAUAGAGAAGUGUGAGCUGAGUCGCUUCCAUGCCAGGCUGGUCAACCCCUCCUUUUCUCUACUCGGGGUCUUCUACUCUCUGAAAUCUGUCAUAUUUCCUGGCCAGGAGGAAGAGAGAGAGAAGCAGAUUAAGAUCCAUGCAGAUGUCUUGGUCUAUCAGAGCAGCAGAGUACCCCUCAUUUUCCGCACAUACAUCCUGCCCAUGGAUACCAAUUCUAGAAGGUUAGUGGAGGACCAGGAAAAAUUGGAGGGAUUCAGAGGCCGCAGACAACCCAAGCACCGGCCUGUCAGACCCAUGCAAAUGGAUGGGUUUUAUGUCUUGCAGACUGACUGUUUCAAAACUGACUGCUCAAAGCCUGACUGCAAUUCCAGAAUUUAUCCAGUACAGACGGACCUCACAGACAGAUAUUUUGUUCCCAACUUCUAUGACGUGCACUUGAAAGAGGUUGUGAACUUCAAGCUGGAGCUCCUCAGUUCUGAAGACAAACAGAAAGUCUGGCAAGCAGAGAUCUUGAGAGUUCAAUGCUCGAACAAUCCCCAACAGGACAUUGUGAACACCUCUACUGAAGUUCCUGCCUCUGCUCCCCCACACACUGCUAACGUCCAGACCCCUGUGGAAGUGUCCACUACCAGCACAGUGGAGGUGUCCUCUGGCUCCUCUAGCCCAGUCCAGCCAGCCUCAGUCUCGUCCUCCAUUACGGCUCAUGAUAGUGGAACUGCUGUGGCCCCUACUUUCCACAGCAAUUCCAGGAUUUCCAAGAGCUGUGAAUCCUGUGCUGAAGUUCCAGACUCAUGCCACUGGUUCCUGAUGAAGCCUGAAGUCUCCAGAGAGAAGAGUGUCUCCACCUACAGCCUGACCUCUCCAGCAGGGAGCUAUGAGUGCUCAGAGUCUGGUCUGCGCUGGACAUGUGCUGGUUCAGUCACCCUGCAGUACCGCUUCACGGACUGGUAUGUCUUUUCUCAAGAGCUGCCCACCAUGCAGUCCAGUCCUGCUGGACCUCUGAUGAACAUCAGUGUCAUGUCUGGAGAGCUGGAGGAGAUCCAUCUGCCACAUUUCCUCUGUUUGGGGGGUUCUGAGGCAUCUGUGCGUGAUGCUGUGAGGGUCCUGCAUGAGCGGGAGAGUGGCGUGGGUAUGGAGGUGUGUGAGCUGACCCGACACCAUGCCAGGAUUCUCCACCCCUCCUUCUCUCUGUUAGGGCUGGUGUAUAACCUGAGGAAUCUGCUCUCACCCAAAAUCCACUGUGUGCUGCUGCUCUUCUGCACCCGCACCGCCCCUCUGGUUCUCCACACCUACCUGGUCCCAAAUGACCCAGCUCACAUCAGGGCCAUCCACCAGAAGGAGGAGAAUAGAGGGGUGUGGAUCGACAAACCCAGUGCUGUUGGCCCGCUGUUGCUGAAUGACAGUGUCUGUGUGAGGACAUUGUGUCCAUCAGAGAUCCAGCCUAAGAAGAUGAACCUGUGGCCGCUCUCCACUGGUAACUAUUCUGAGGUGUACAUAAACCAGCCAGAGGCAGAAUUUGAUAUGGAGGUCAUCAGCUCUCAACACACAGAGCCCAUCUGGACAGUCAAGAUCUACAGAGAUGACUACUGCCAGCCCAGCAGGAGCCCAGGACAGGGCAGCAGCCAGGGAGCAAACACAGCACACACAAUGUGA